AUGGCCUCAGCUCCUCCUCCUGCUCUUUCAGAAGGGGCUCCUCCGCUACUAAAUGAGCCUCCUCCGACAUACAACGAUGCAACGGGAACUCUCAAUAUACGCCAGGAUGGCCUCAGCACUCAAACCCAAGUCAGCAAUGACGGGCGCGUGGACAUCCGUAUAGACGAAAGCGACGAGAGACUUGCCAAAGAGAUUCAGCAGCUUCAGCUUGCGUCUCUGCAAGAAUCGUCCGAAACCCCAACCCCAUUAUACACACCAACAUCCUAUGGCCAACUAUAUGAAGCGCCUCCGCCUCUCAACAUCGUUGUUCAUGUUGUUGGCUCGCGAGGAGAUGUGCAGCCAUUUGUCGCGCUUGGCCGAGAACUGAAGAACAGCUACGGGCACCGCGUCCGUAUCGCUACGCAUGGGACCUUCAAGAAGUUUGUUGAGGAGAAUGGCUUGGAAUUCUUUGAGAUUGGUGGUGACCCAGCCGAGUUGAUGGCUUUUAUGGUUAAGAACCCAGGUCUGAUUCCAGGAAUGAAGUCGCUGAAGGCUGGUGAUGUGGGCAAGAGACGUAAGGGCAUGGCCGAAAUCCUCGAAGGGUGCUGGAAAUCAUGCGCCGAUGCCAAUGAGGUUGAGAAAGCGGAUGAAGAUACCCCGAGUGCCACGAAGACGAAGCCGUUCAUUGCACAUGCCAUUAUUGCCAAUCCGCCAAGUUUCGCACAUAUACAUUGCGCGGAAAAGCUCGGCAUCCCGCUGCAUCUAAUGUUCACCAUGCCUUGGUCACCAACUCACGAUUUUCCGCAUCCAUUAGCGAACAUCAAAUCAUCCAAUGCCACGGGUAGUAUGACUAACGAAAUGAGCUACACACUCGUUGAUAUGAUGACCUGGCAAGGCCUCGGGGACAUCACCAAUAAGUUUAGAAAGGAGACACUAGGUCUUGGAGAAAUCACUCAGGCUGCGGCGACCACCAUGCUCCAUCGGCUACGGAUACCUUAUACAUACUGUUGGUCGCCAGCCUUGAUUCCGAAACCCAAGGAUUGGGGUAGUCAUAUCGAUAUUUCAGGCUUCUAUUUCCUAUCCCUCGCGUCCAACUACCAGCCGGACCCUGACCUCGCAGCUUUUCUGGCUGCAGGUCCUCCGCCAGUGUACAUUGGCUUUGGUUCAAUUGUUGUGGACGACCCAAAUGCAAUGACUACGCUCAUAUUUGAUGCUGUCAGAAAGACUGGCCAACGCGCCCUAGUAUCAAAAGGUUGGGGUGGCCUCGGUGGUGAUGAUCUUGCCAAACCUGACAACGUCUUUAUGCUCGGUAAUUGCCCACACGAUUGGCUGUUCCAGCACGUCUCCUGUGUCGUUCAUCACGGUGGGGCUGGCACAACAGCGGCUGGUAUUGCACUAGGGCGCCCAACUGUUAUCGUGCCUUUCUUCGGCGACCAGCCCUUUUGGGGUGCCAUGGUUGCACGAGCUGGUGCAGGACCUACACCUAUUCCAUACAAGGACCUUACGGCGCAAGGCCUCGCGGACAGCAUCCUCCAUGCACUGAAACCCGAGACUCUCGAGCGGGCCCGGGAGUUAGGCGAGCGUAUCCGCGAAGAAAAGGGGUGCGAGGCCGGUGCGGCAAGCUUCCACGCCCAAAUGCACGUUGACGCCCUCCGUUGUGCGAUUGUACCCAGUCGUCCAGCAGUAUGGCGCGUCAAGACCAAAGAUUCUACGACUGCCGAUGUACGGCUCAGUGCCUUUGCAGCGACAGUACUGGGCAACGAGCAUUUGCUCGAUAUCAACCAGCUUCGUCUCUACCGCCCCUACGAGUACGCCGUUGAAGAAAGCGCUGUCAUCUCCAAUGUCACCGGCGCAAAUCCUGUGCUCAAUACUCUGGGCUCUUUGGCGUCUGGCAUCAUACACUGGCCGGUCAACGUUGGCAAAGCCUACGCAGGUAUCGUGUACGAGCCGUAUAAAGGCGCUAGAGCGGACGGUUGGCGCGGUUUCGGUAAAGGUUUAGGAAAAGGAUUUGGACAUCUCCUCUUUCCCAAACGCGGCCUUGUCAUCGGCGGCAGACCUUACGGCAUCCGCGCACUCUACGACACCAUCAAGAAGCGGAUGGGUUCAGGUACACUGAGCUUUAUCCUCGCAGCACAUUUCGCGCUCGGAUUUGAAGAGGUCAAAAAGUCGACUGAAGAAGAGAGGGUGGAGGUGCUUACGAGGUGGAAUGAGCUGGCGCCGGUUUUGAAGAGAGAGACGAGCGGAGCUAGCUCGUCGUGGAGCUUGUCGAAAUCUUCGACGAGAGACUCGAGUCGCUCGACGAGCACAUCGAAGAGCCGGCGGCGCGAUGAGUCUGCGCCUCCUACUCCAUCGAGCGAAACUUGA